GCGCACGUCUUGUUUUUUCCUCAGUUUACAGCUUAGUUUUCCGAUGAACAGCAAAAUCCGGACGUCCCUAAAUGCAACACACAAAGCCGAGCCAAUCACAGAGGUGGUGUGUUCACGGCUGCGGAUACCUGCGCGAUUUCACAGAUGUUGGAUAGGUCUACAACCUGAAGCUAACGCGCACGCUAUGCUACUGGAUCAGUGAAUGGCGUCAACCCCUGAAGGAGGCGGAGAUAGCGUUGUUGUCAUCGCCGAAGAUGAUUGAACGCCGAUGGCCUCAGAUUUUCACGCCUGAAAAGAAGUGAUUUCUACGUUUGUGAGACUGUACGCCGACGCGAAGUUUAUGGGCGAUAAGAGAAUAAAGCAAGGAUCUUUAUGAAGGCGGAGACGACCCGGACUUUGAGAUGUGUCCUUCCCGGACUCAGCUGUGCCUCCGCACCGAGCCUCUCCGGCGACCAGGACAUCCAUAGAAGCACCGCUGAUCUAGAUGGACGACCCCGACUGAUCCGGACUCUGGAGUUAUAGUUUCUCUCUGAGACAUAACUGUUAUCUUGGCAAUAAUGUCUGUCUCUACGGUAUUGGCAAAGGCGCUGUUUGACAACACGGCCGAAAGCCCAGAGGAGCUGGCUUUCCGGAAGGGUGACAUCCUGAUGGUUCUUGAACAGGAGCAGAGUGGCGGGCCAGGCUGGUGGCUCUGCUCCCUACAUGGCAGACAGGGCAUUGCACCUGCGAACCGCCUUCGACUCCUCCAGACCGCCCCGCCCCCAGGCUCAGACCCCCGACGUAACCCUGCUGAGGACUCCGUCUACCUGUCGCCUGUUCCCCCACUGGCCCGGACUGCUGUCAGCAGUAGUGCAGAGGACAUAGAUGGAGUGUAUCGCUCCCCGCCAGCUGUGGGCGAGGGACGAGGAGCUGCCUCAAGGCCGGGGGAGCUCCGCAGAGUCGAGGGUGGGCGCCCACGCUCCCACUCCAGCUCUGGCACCCGGCCCAGACCUGACUGGGAUUUAGGGGUGACGGGGCGUCCGCGCUCACCCUCUCUGAGAGGACGGGGCUCAGAAGCGACAGGAACACUUUAUCAGACUCCAGUAAGUCCCAUGCCUUCAGCAGCUCAGCAUGCCAGGCCGCCACUCAUGGCUUCAGAGUCUGUGUACCUCUCCCCCACUGGAGUACCGCGGGCAGCUGAUGAACCAGAGGACACUACAUAUCUAGUUCCUAGAGAAACACUAACAGCAGGACACUCUGACGACUGUUACUUGGUGCCUAAAGGCACACCCCUUGCAGGUGAUGAUGUUUACCAGUCCCCAACAGGAGGAGUUGUGGGCACUGCUGUCUGCUCUAAUGGCCCCAGUGGAACACCCGGUACCCCUCAGCCGAAAGUGAGCCAGGACACCCCAGGGGUGUACCAAACACCCACCUCUGUGGGAACAAGCCUUCACAGGACUUCAGCCACAGUUUUGGCUCACCAGCAUCCAUCUCACAUAUCCCCUGUCCAAGCAUCUCCCAGACCUCUGCUCAAGGGCGUUUCACCCAACUCUGCAGUCGCCAGAGGCAAACCCGGCCUGGCCUGUCAUCGUGGGUCACCUUUGCUGGUCAGAGCAGGCCAGGUCAGGGUUCCUGGAUCACCAAAUUUUGCCCGCAAACCUCCUCCGCCAGCUCCUCCAGUAGGAGUCACCAGGAAAGAUGCUGCACCGUCAUCUGCCGAUUCUAACUCUGUUCCCAAACCCACUGCUCAGGUUACUAAUGCAGGCCUGCAGCAAGAAGAGGACAAACAAAGAGGAGUUCCUCAGAGUAAGGAUGAACGGAUGAAUAACGGCCUGGAAAAAAGCAACAAUAUGCAGAACAAAAAAGGAGAAAGUCAGGAUUACGCAGAUGAUGUGGAUGACCAGGUGUAUGAUACUCCUCCCAGUGGCAGGUGGCAGCGUCCAGUCCCAUCCUCCCUGGGUGAUGAUGACGGUAUCUAUGACACCCCUCGCAGUGUACCACCACAAGCUGACUCUGAGACAGAGGUCUAUGAUGUCCCCACUCUUUCCCUGAAUGUGUCUACAUCAGAUGUCCAGCCUGACGAAGUUGAUGACGAUGUAUACAGCGUUCCUACACUUCCAGGUGUGCCUCUGGGCCCAGGAGAGUCCACCAUCAGCCUCUCUGCUGAGGAUGCCGGCCAGGUUGGACAGGCCUGUCGUGUCCCUGGAUCUGAGAAACGAGCCAGUGGCGGAGGUCAUAAUCAGGACACUUCUGAGCCAGACUGUGGCAUCUAUGACAUGCCUGCCUUGACUUCCGAAGUCCUCCCUCACUCUUUGUCAUCCUCCUCCACUUCCACUCGCCGCCUCUCUGUUUCUAGUAACGGUUCAGGCGACAUGCAGUGGAGAGCAACGCUUUCCAGCCUUGUCCACUCAGUGCUGAGCACGGCCUCCUGCCCGGCCUCCACCCUGUCAUCACGGGACCUGGCCACCUCGUUGGCUGAAAUCCUGUCGACCUGGAAAGCCAGUCAUUCAGAUGAUCCACCACCGCCUCUUCAGCAGGCGUGGGCUCGUCUAUCAGACCUUCUCCCGGCGUUAUCCGCAAUUGGCAACGCUCCUCCAUCUGAAGGGCUGUUGACGCUCAUCCAGCGCUCCCUUGAAGAAAGUGCCCUGCUCUUGCAGGCUCAGGGCCGACCACGUUUGCCUUCCCAAGAUUCCCUGUCCCGCAGGCCAUUGCCUGCACUCCCCGUGCCUGAUGGGAAGUCAUCAGGAGGAGGCAUGGGCUCACGUAAAGGUAGCUGGAUCCAGGAGAGGCCCCUGCCCCCGACCCCUCAGCCUGCUUUCCCUUUGCCUCCCACUGUGUCGACUGUGACACUCACAGUGGGCCCUGUUGAUGGAGAAGAUGACCCCAGCAAUGAGUACGCAGGGAUCGGCUUGACUCCCAUCCCCGCACCUGUACCAACUGGAGACAGCGUUGGAUACGUCAAGCUACAGGGUAAACCUGAUCCACUUCCGGACGUCCUGGGUGAGAAUGGACACACACAAAUCACUGCAGAGCCAACGUUGACUCCAUCCUCCACUUCCUGUGUCUCUCUCCUGGAGGACUCGGAGCUGCUGUCCUUCUACUCUUCCCAGAGUCUCGCUCACCUCUCCUGUUUGGCAGAUGCCAUCGACGUGCUCUUCAGCAGCGUGCAGGGGAACCAACCGCCCGCAUUUUCCGCCAGAGGGAAGAGUCUCAUCGUGACGGCACACAAGCUGGUGUUCAUCGGGGACACCUCCCGCCUUCUCACCUCUGCUGACCUCCGGGCCAAGAUAACAACCUCAGGGGGACGACUCUGCCAGGCCUUGAAGUCAGUUGUCGUGGCAACAAAAGGCGCUGCACAAAACUACCCGUCAGUAUCCGCCACCCAGGAGAUGGUGGACCGCGUCGCCGAGCUCUCCCAGCAGGCCGCGGGCUUCUCCACUCUGCUCCAGCGCCUGGCGGAAAUAUCUUCGUGAUAUUUCGUACCACUUGCGUAAAAAAAAAAAAAACUUUGUUUACACUACACAUAUAUUUUCUCUCUUUGAAAUGCCUUAUUUGUUGUUAGACUCUUUCACCACCUUUUGUUUGAAUGGGAUUGAAGCAAGCGGAGUUGAAGUGUUGACCCUCGCUGCAGCUGUUAGGGAGCUGGGUUUCGACUGUGUUGGUUCCUGUCCUCCCAGUGUGUGUUGGUUUGCCUUUUGUUUAUAUACUGACCUCUGUGCUUUGAUGCCAGGCACACUUGUCUAUUUGAGUGUUAACUUAUUGAAUAUUUGAAGCCCCCUUGAAGGCUUUGAGCGUCCGUGCGGGACUGUUUAUCUUGGGAGCUUUGCUUUGUUAUGUUGGCCAUAUUUUCUUUUCCUCACAUGAUAGCCAUUUUCCUUCCAUCCUUUAUUUAUUUAGCCAUCCCCCUUGUUCCAAAAAUAGCACAGAAGGAGGCCUUACAUCCUGGUUCUGACCUACUUCUUACUGUUAACCUGAAAGGCCUUUUGUGAGCAUCAUUCUGAAGCUGCUGAGGCAGCAUAUCGUGUUUUUGGGCUUAAUAUGGAAGAAAUGGAAGAGGCCCGACUUCCAUUCUUAAUCUGUGCAAGUGCGUGUCGUGUUUGUGUCGUGCCCAUUUCCACUAGAAAGCAAAGUACAGUUCCACUCGUGGAGGAUUACAAGAACCAUCUUCUCAACACGUGUUCAGUUUACGCUCAUGCAGUCGCACACAAGAAGACGAAUUAAAAUCCUGUUUGACAGAGGGAGAUCAUAUUUGAGUGACUGAGAGUGAGUAAUGAUAGCUGGGUGAGAUGUUGCCUAAUCCUGUUCUUUCCCACAGUCAUGUGAUAGCCUGGCAAUGGAUAACAAACCUGUCUACCGAGCUCACCUGUCUGCACACGUCUUGUUGUGACUGCACGCUCGACUUUCUUUGGCUUUCCUCGCUUUUCAUGUUUAUUUCCCAUAAGACGCUCGUGCAAGUAGAGAGUACUUUCUCACAUUUGCUUUGAUCAUUUAAAGUCAGGUCGAAACUAAGGCUGGGUAUGAUACUUGCAUCACAUCAAGAUGGAUAUUUAAGGGAUAGUUUUAAGUACGGUUAUAUGAGGUACUUGGUCAUUGUCAGUGUAUUACAUACAGUAGAUGUCACUCGGCAUGUUGCCAGUUUGGAGAAGCACCCUGGAGUCUGACACGCAAGCUAAGCGAUGUACUGCUGUAGAGGAGUAGUUUAAGUGUAUGCUAUAUUGAGAACAUUCUCGCAGCUUUACCUUAGCGUCCGACAGCGAUUUCUCACAGGAAAUGAAACUGUAUCACUAUUUUCAAAGCCAGACUCCAUCGCAGAGCUGAUCACAGGAGCUGCUGGUCUACGACUAACUUGAUCAUGUUAUUUGGGACUUCAAAACCCAAACUAGCCCUUUAAAGCACCAUAGCAGAACAGCAGCUCGCGUGUUCAGUGAGGCAAAAUUACUGCUUUUGUUAAUAGAGUCUUGUAGCUUUGACGAGAGCAUAGAUGGGGAAGCGAAGCCGUCAGAAUGGGGUGUCGAAUGGAAAAACAAAGCAUACAACCCAACUUAUGAGCUGUCCCUUUAAUAUUUGAAGGACAUAUUUUGCCCAGCCUUAGUAGAAACUGUGAAAUACAGCACAGCACACUUUGUGAUUGAAAUAUUUUGCAUUUUAAAUCCAACAAAACACUUACCUGUUUCCUAUUUCAGACCAUUGUAUUACUGUCUGACCACUACCGUGUCUACUUGUACCACUUUUGAGAUAUAAUGCGUCGGUCUACGCACAUACAGCUCAUACAUACGUUAAAUAUGAAGCUGUGAUGGAACAAAAAGUCGACUGGAAGUUGAACAAACACGAUGUUUCUCACAUUCACACUACAAAUGGUGCUCCACAAAGCUGGAAUAUAAUGUAUCAUCAGUCAUGUUGUUUAAACUAAUAUUCAAGUUUUAUUCUCAGAUCCGUAUAAGUAUCAUCAGGGCAUUGCAUAAUCAUCUUCUCAGCUGUGUGGCUCAGUUUUAAAUCAUUAUUUUACGACUGUGUCUUCUGUCACUACUUUUACAUUCUCUCUGCUGCAGUGCCACCCUGUGGAGGUUUGAAGUAUUACCUAAUGAAUACCUGCCUGCCAAAACAGGCUCUAAUACUGUUUGUAUGAAGAGAGCAUGAUCGGCAAGUAACCUUUAGCAGUAUAUUUAUUACUGUCAAGUUUUUAUGUUAUUUGCUUUCCACUUUGCAUGGCUUUAAUUUGCUUAAUUUUUAUAUAUAUAUAUGCACAUCCUUCACCGUGGGGUGAUUUUACUGGGUAAUUUACAACUGACUUUUUUUUUUUAUUUUCCCCUGGGAAAAAUAUGUUAAGUUACAGUUCAAAGAUAAGGCUGUUUUUCUUUUGUACAAGAAAGGGGUUUUUUUUACACUAUGUGAACUCAUUUGAGUCUGUUAUCUGUAUUUGCUGAGGUAUAGAAGUCUCCUACAGUGAUACACCCCCUUGCUUUUAACACUACAUUUGGUGUCUGUCUUGUAUUCCUGUUCAGAAUGCACAAAUACAUCUUUUGCAAUUAAA